AUGCCGUUCCUUGAGUUGACCGCUCCCGCCUCUGCCACUCCGGAGUCGGCUUCUACCAUCUCUUCCGAGGACAACAAAGUGGUUGCCCCCACCACUCCCGCUCCUGCCUCCGCGGAGACUACCAACACUCCCUCUCCUGAGGUUAAUGUCAACAAUACCGACCAGGAUCAUGAGCUAAAGGAACCCAAGGCGUUCGAUCAGAUGAUCACCCACCUCAACGCGAUGCGAGCCAAGGUUCAGGCUCUCGAGCUGGAGAACACCCAGCUCAAGGCUCAAGUUGAGUCCGAAAAGUCAUCCAAGGAACAGCUCUCCAAGAACCUUGAUCAGGUCAACAACAACUCGCGCGCUGCUCAACUCGAGGCGGCUACCAAGAUCCAGUCCCUUGAAUUGAAGAACAGCGAUCUCGAGGCUCAAGUCGAGUAUGAGAUGUCCGUCAAGGAGCACUACUCUACUAACCUUGAUGAAGCCAAAAACAACUGGCACUCUGCUCAGCUUGAGGCUACUGCCAAGGAUGCCGAGCUUGGCCGUGUCCGCGAGCGCCUGCAACUUGUCCAAGCUCAGGUUGCCGAGCAGGAACAACUCCAUGCUGUUAAGGAACAGAACAUCGAGCUUCAAGCUCGCUUCCGCCUUCAGUUCCUCCUGACAACUCACCAGCACGUUCAGACACUGAAGCAUAUGAUGCAUGACUGGAAGAUGCAGGUGGAGCAGAAGAUUGACGAGGAAUACGAAAACAACAAACUCAAGGAGAAAGACGUCGAUGGUGCUCUCGACGCUGAGUACGAGCGACUCAAGGCCCUCAUUGAAGGUCACGAGUACAUCAUUGCCAACAUCCAGAAAGGUAAUGAAAAGUUUGUCGCUCAGAUCAAGCUCCUCCGCGAGGCUGAGAAUAUUACUCUCAUCUCCGACCUCACUGCCAAUCGCUUUGAAGCUUUCUUGAAUGAACGCGAGAAGAUGGUCGCUCUGCUUGAGAAGGAGAAGCAGGAUUUUGCCAACAUGGAGUUCGAUAGCCAGAAGACCGACGACGCCACCGACGACUCGAUUGAAAUUCCCACUGAGACCAAGGAAAUUACCAAGGCCGAGCGAAAGGCGGCUAAGAAGGCGGCCAAGAAGGCAGCUAAGAAGGCUAAGAAGGCUAAGAAGGCUAAUGCGAAGAAGUAA